GACCCCAAGGCCCAAUAAAUGCCAGGAUUUUUCCUGCCUGAUUUCAUAAUAAUGUCGGGAAAUGGAUUACAAGUGAACGGGACUAAAUGCAACUAUUAUACUUGACCUUCAUAUUGAAUKUUGUAGUGGUGACGUUCCCGAAAUAUCUGGAAUUGUAAUGUCUUAAAAUGUAUAUCAUUUUCAUCAGGCUUUCGUUAUACACCUUUCUUGUUUAGUUAGCCACUUGGUGUAUUUAAGUCACUUACUGGUCAGCUAAAAAUAGUAUUCUUUAUCAGGUAUUGUGUUUAACGAUAUCUAAUCUGGGGGGCUAUUUACUUUUUAAAUGACGGUUAGGUUGCUAACAAGCCAGGCUCUUUUAACUCAUUAAUUUGCUAACUAAACAAGCGUCGACGAGUUUUGGUACUCGGUGUACCGUUUUCUCCUCCCCCGCCGCUAUAUUUUCACCCGAAACCCCCGGUAUCUCAACAAAGCUUGUUUUGACUGUUUAGUUAGCAAGUUUGCAGGCUUUUACAACACAACGAAACCCUUGCAGAAGAGCCACAUUAGCUAGUAGCCGCUCAUUUGACCGGUGUUUGACGUGUGUCCUGUAGCUAUCUUCCUAGCUAGCUAGCCAGCCAGGUGCUCAAUCAUAUCACUCAAUGGCUAUAAAUACACCACUCUUUGUCCCCCACUCAGCGCCCUACCAAAAGCGGUGAGUUUGCAUAUUGGAUCCCUUACGACUUUUCAGACAACCCAUUGGGACUUUGUCGCUCUACAUGGUCGCCACAGCCAAGUCAAGACUAUCUGAAAAAGUUGGAGGCACUGUAGCAGUGCUGGAAUGAGGCAUCUCGCCCCGGCUGGAUGUCUUCAAGUCGGGUUACCGAAGUAAACGCAUUYAUCUGUGGCUUUUUGGCCGAAUAUCAAGCGUCAUCCAUGGCCUGUCAUCAGUAGCUUGUACCCGGAAGGGAAAACGUUAGCUAUUUAACAUUAACAAUCGCUGUUAAAGGUCAACACCCUUUGUUUUGAUUGUAAACUGUGCAAGAACUCCAAAACAAAAGUUAGGACUCUUCUAUCACAGUGGAACAUCAUGUCGGAGGAUAACAACGCAGACAUAUUCAUCAAGGAAACCUCCAUCUUGGAGGAGUACAACAUCAAUUGGACACAGAAGCUUGGGGCUGGGAUCAGUGGACCUGUUAGAGUUUGUGUUAAGAAGUCGACUCAGGAACGAUUGGCCUUGAAGAUCCUCAUUGAUCGUCCCAAGGCCAGAAAUGAGGUGCGGCUUCACAUGAUGUGUGCCACACACCCCAACAUCGUGCAGAUUAUGGAGGUGUAUGCCAACAGUGUGCAGUUUCCUCACGAAUCCACUCCAAGAGAGAGGUUACUGAUCGUCAUGGAGAUGAUGGAGGGAGGUGAGCUGUUCCACAGGAUCAGUCAGCACAAACACUUCACAGAGAAGAUGGCCAGCCAGGUCACUAAACAGAUCGGCCAGGCGCUGGAACACUGUCACUCACUGAAUAUUGCACACCGAGACCUGAAACCAGAGAACCUGCUCUUCAAGGAUAACUCCCUGGAUGCACCGGUGAAGUUGUGCGAUUUUGGAUUUGCCAAAAUCGACCAGGGGGACUUGAUGACCCCACAGUUCACGCCUUACUACGUUGCACCUCAGGUACUUGAGGCUCAAAGGCGACACCAGAAGGAAAAGUCUGGAAUAAUACCUACCUCACCCACCCCCUACACUUAUAACAAGAGCUGUGACCUGUGGUCCAUUGGGGUGAUCAUCUAUGUGAUGCUGUGUGGCUACCCUCCCUUCUACUCCAAGCACCAUAGCCGCACCAUCCCCAAGGACAUGCGCAAGAAGAUCAUGACGGCCAGCUUCGACUUCCCCGAGGACGAGUGGAGCCAGAUCUCUGAGAUGGCCAAGGACAUUGUUCGCAAGCUGCUGAAGGUGAAGCCUGAGGAGAGGCUGACCAUCGAGGGGGUUUUGGAACACCCCUGGCUGAACUGCACAGAGGCUCUGGACAACGUGCUUCCUUCCGCUCAGAUGAUGAUGGACAAGGCGGUGGUAGCUGGGAUCCAGCAGGCCCAUGCUGAACAGCUGGCUAACAUGAGGAUACAGGACCUUAACGUCAGCCUCAAGCCUCUCCACUCCGUUAAUAACCCCAUCCUGAGGAAAAGGAAGCUCCUAGGCAGCAAGCCGAGUGAUGGCUUCUUCAUCCAUGACCCAGAGAACGGCGGCGAGGACUCCAACGUGGCCCUGGAGAAACUACGAGACGUCAUCGCUCAGUGUAUCCUCCCACAGGCUGGGGAGAAUGAGGAUGAGAAGCUGAAUGAGGUGAUGCAUGAGGCUUGGCGUUUCAACCGGGACUGCAAACUGCUGCGAGACGGGCUGCAGGGUCUCAGCUGGGACGGACGGGCCUUUACUGACAAAGUGGAUCGCUUGAAGUUGGCUGAAAUAGUGAAGCAGGCCAUAGAGCCUGCUGUGUUGGCGGUAGCGCUCUGCAGGAAACUAUCCACAUGACAAGUGUCUGUCAUUAGCGCGGCGCUCUUCACGGAGAUGAGGGGAGCGGCAGAUCAUUUCUCCCUCAUCUACAUUGAUAAUGACUCUGGAGUAGGUAGAAUGCUAAUACAGACAAUUAGUCAAUCCUUGGUGCAUGCCCAACACUAAUUACCAACGCUGCCAUUUAAUCGCCCUCCACUGCUCGUGUUCUUUCAACUCAUUGUCGGCUAAUAUUACCAUUCCUAAUGGAGAUGAAUGGGCAAACAUUGGGUUGUUUUGUAAUGGACAAUUUGCUGUGUAAAUAAUAAACUGUUGACAAGG